CUUGUCUACUCUUGGUCCCUCCCCUUGUUGAGUGAGAGUGAAGGCAAUCUGAAAGCAAAGAAGGAAGGAAGCAGGUGCUUUGGCAAGCUUCCUGUAUUCAUCCUUUUUCUCCCGCUGACAAGAAGAUGGGGAAAAGUUGCAAAGUGGUCGUCUGUGGGCAAGCAUCAGUUGGGAAGACCUCCAUCCUGGAGCAGCUUCUCUAUGGGAAUCAUGUGGUUGGUUCUGAGAUGAUUGAAACCCAGGAGGACAUCUAUGUGGGCUCCAUAGAGACAGAUCGAGGGGUGCGGGAACAAGUACGUUUCUAUGAUACCCGAGGCUUGAGGGAUGGGAUGGAGCUGCCCAAGCACUGCUUCUCCUGCACAGACGGCUAUGUCUUAGUCUACAGCAUUGACAGCAAAGAGUCCUUCAAGAGGGUGGAAGUACUCAAGAAGGAGAUAGACAAGAGCAAGGAUAAAAAAGAGGUCACCAUUGUGGUCUUAGGCAACAAGUGUGACCUCCAAGACCAACGGCGUGUAGACCACGAUGCUGUGCAGCACUGGGCGAAGGCAGAGAAGGUAAAACUAUGGGAAAUCUCAGUUGCAGACCGCCGGACCCUCAUUGAACCCUUUGUCUACCUGGCCAGCAAGAUGACACAGCCACAGAGCAAGUCUGCCUUCCCACUCAGCCGCAAGAACAAAAGCAGUGGUUCUGUGGAUGGGUGAAAGCCUCACGCACCGUGCCCGCCAUCUCUUGUAAAAAGGCAUGCCUAUGCAAGGCCGGUCUUACCAUGAAGCAGAAACUUCCAACAGCUGAUUACAGAUACGGCACUCUUUUCCUUCCUUUCUCACUUUCUCUCUCUCUCAUUUUUUGACAAAGAGAAAGCGCCAAAUUCAGGAUGGCAGGGAAUCAUUCUUGAUUUUUCCACUUAAAAUAUUCUAUUUUUUUGCUUAAACUAUGCUAUACAUAUAUGAGUCCAGUUCAGGCAGGUGCCAAUUUUGUGAUACAGUUGGGUGGAGGAGGGGUUGACAUUGUAGACUUUUAAAGACAGCUUUAAGAAGACCUUUUAAUUUCCCAAAUCAUAUGCAUUUUAAAUUUGGACGCCUCGAGAGAUACUAUCUUAGGUACUUAAUUUGCGUCUUGAAGAUGAGCAUGGUAGAGAAAAGACCCAUGAAUGGUGAUGGUGACCUAAAUGUCUUCCUUCUCUUCUCCUUGCUGCAGGAGUUACAGAGAUUAUGUGGGGUGACUUGAGGCUGCAGACUUGGGGAGGAAGUGGGGGAAAGGACCCCUUUUACUCAUAGGAAAACGUUUGGCCAAGCGAAGCCUACAUGAGGUUCUUGUGGGUUUUUUCGGGCUAUAGAGCCAUUAUCUAGAGGUAUUUCUCCUGACGUUUCGCCUGCAUCUAUGGCAAGCAUCCUCAGAGGUUGUGAGGUCUACAUGUUCUUCCUAUAGAUGGCGCUCUUGGUCAAGCCAACGUGGAUAUCAAUCUUUGAUCUUGUGGAAGCUAUGUCUGCGUAAUUUUAGUAAAUGACUGUGUUUCUUAAGACAAGAAGGGAA